CAUCCCAUCUCUAAUCUGAGUCAUUUCACCUUCGGCUCGUCUUUGCUGUGGUUCCUGCAAACAGCGGCGGAGUGAGACCUCUUGCGGCCGCGCCUCGUCUAUGUGGCCCCGCCCCCCUCAGGUGGUUGUAGUGGCGGAAGGCGGAGGAAGGUGGAACCCAGCGGAACCCACGGAACUGAGCAUGGACAGAAGUUCGUCGACGCGAAACAAAAGUCGCAUUUAAUUCUCCAGAGAUGUGAAGCAGCGCGCUCGCGACCUAGGAGAGGACCUUCGGUGCGUGCGUGCGUGCGUGCGUGCGUGUGAUCGCCCGGACCUGUAGAAGUCCGUCGAAGCCCAUCCAGGUGUGGCCGUCCUACCUGUUCUAUUUGGUUUCUAGCGCCGGUUCGGUUCGAACUCACGAUGCCGGAGCAAAUCAGCGUGACGGAGUUCAUCUCGGAGACGAACGAGGACUACAAAGCUCCGACCACGUCCAGCUUCACCACCCGGAUGAGCCACUGCCGCAGCGCCGUGGCGGCUCUGGAGGAGGUUCUGGACUUGGACCGAUCAGUUCUUCAUAAAAUCAAGAAGUCUGUGAAAGCCAUCAACGCGUCCGGUCUGGCUCACGUGGACAACGAGGACCAGUACUUCCAGUCCAUGGAUAAGUUUGGGGAGAACUGCGUGUCCAGAGAUGACGCCGAGGUCGGCGCCGCCUUCCGUUACUUCGCUGGCUUCACCAAAGAGCUGACGGGCCUGUUCAAGAACCUGUUGCAGAACAUGAACAACAUCAUCAUGUUCCCUCUGGACAGUUUGCUGAAGGGAGACCUGAAAGGAGUGAAGGGGGAUCUGAAGAAGCCGUUUGACAAAGCCUGGAAGGAUUAUGAGACCAAGCUAGCGAAGAUUGAGAAGGAGAAGCGGGAACACGCCAAGCAGCACGGGAUGAUUCGAACGGAGUUCAGUGGAGGAGAAAUAGCGGAGGAGAUGGAGAAGGAGCGGCGGAUGUUCCAGCUGCAGAUGUGCGAGUAUCUGCUCAAAGUGAACGAAAUCAAGGUGAAGAAAGGCACCGACUUCCUCCAGAACCUCAUCAAGUAUUUCCACGCUCAGUGCAAUUUUUUCCAGGACGGACUGAAGGCGGUGGAGAAUCUGAAACCCUUCAUAGAGAAGCUGUCCACAGACCUGACGGGGAUCAAGCAGAGUCAUGACGGAGAGAGGAAACAGCUGAGUCAGCUCCGCGACGUCCUGAAGGCUUCGCUGCAGUCUGAGCAGAAGGAGGACCCGCAGGCUAAGCAGAACGCAGGCUACAGCCUCCAUCAGCUGCAGGGCAACAAGGCCCACGGAACCGAGCGCUCCGGGUUCCUCUACAAGAAAAGCGAGGGUCUGAGGAAGGUUUGGCAGAAGAGGAAGUGCUCAGUGAAGAACGGCUUUCUCACCAUCAGUCACGGCACGCCCAACACACCUCCAGCCAAACUCAACCUGCUCACCUGCCAGGUGAAGAGGAGUCCGGACGAGAAGAAGAGCUUCGACCUGUUCUCGCAUGAUCGAACGUAUCACUUCCAGGCCGAGGACGAAGCCGAAUGUCAGGUCUGGAUCUCAGUGCUGCAGAACAGUAAGGAGGAAGCUCUGAGCGCAGCCUUCAAAGGGGAACAGGACGAAGGAGAGAACAACAUCGUGCAGGAGCUGACGAAGGCCAUCGUAGGAGAAGUGAAGCGGAUGCGAGGCAACGACGUGUGCUGCGACUGCGGCGCCACCGGUCCCACCUGGCUGUCCACCAACCUGGGUGUGCUGAUCUGCAUCGAGUGCUCUGGGAUUCACAGGGAGAUGGGGGUCCACUACUCCAGGAUCCAGAGUCUGGACCUGGAUGUGCUGGGAACCUCGGAGCUCCUGUUGGUGAAGAACGUGGGAAACGCCAGCUUCAACGACAUCAUGGAGGCGGACCUGUCUGAGCAGGACGCGUCCAAACCGGAUCCGAGCAGCGACAUGCAGACCAGGAAGGACUACAUCACGGCCAAGUACACGGAGAAGCGCUUCGCUCGGCGCCGCUGCACCGACGCCGCGUCCAGGAUGCAGGCUUUGUACGAGGCCGUGCGGAACAGGGACAUCCUGGCUCUGAUCCAGGUCUACGCUGAGGGGGCGGAUCUGAUGGAGGCCGUGGCGCAGCCCAAAGAGCACGAACCCGGAGAGACUGUGCUGCACCUGGCGGUCCGCAUGGUCGACAGAAACUCCCUCCACAUUGUCGACUUCCUGGCCCAGAACAGCGCCACCCUGGACAAGCAGACGGCCAAAGGCAGCACGGCGCUGCACUACUGCUGCCUGACGGACAACAGCGAGUGUCUGAAGCUGCUGCUGCGAGGACGAGCCUCGGUGUCCAUCACAAACGAAGCGGGAGAGACGCCGCUGGACAUCGCCAAGCGUCUGCGCCACAUCCAGUGUGAAGAGCUGUUGACUCAGGUCCAAACCGGGAAGUUCAACGUCCACGUCCACGUCGAGUACGAGUGGCGUCUCCAGAACGAGGACCUGGACGAGAGCGACGAGGACAUGGAGGACAAGCCCAUCCCUGUGCGCCGCGACGAGCGUCCCGUCAGCUGCUUCAUGCCAGGAAGCGGGCCGGUACCGCCCAACCUGUCGGCCGUGGCCAGAGACGCUGCCAACCUGGCGCGGGAGAAACUAAGGCCUCAGGUCCCCAGCAUGAUGAUGAGCAACGAGACCUACGGAACCGUGUUAGACCUCAACUUACCGCCACCGGGACCAACACCACCGCUGCCCCCCAGAGGUCCCAACAGAGGAGCAGGACCGGGUAAACCUGGAGCCAUGGAGGCUGUAGGAAGACAGCGGUCGUCUUCGGACCCGCCCGUUCCUCAGACCCCUGAGAGAAACUCGUCCAUGUACGUGCUCCCAGUGGGUCCCCCUCCUCCUACAGUAAACAAGAGGGCCACCAUGUUUGAGCCCAAGGCUGUGUCCGCCAAGAAUACCCCCCUCCCCCCGCUGCCAACAGCAGCACCCCCCCCAGUACCACCAGGGCCACUUUUAUCACCCGUACCACCACCUCCCUCUCACAAAGCUCCACCCAUCCCCCCACCCAUUCCCGGCCACAGCAACAAACCACUGGGACAACCGGGACUGCAGAGACCACCAGGCCCACCAGUGGCACCGGGACCAUCUGCAUCACCUGGCCCACCAGGACCAGCGGGCCCACCAGUGGCAUCGGGACCAUCUGCAUCACUGGGCCCACCAGGACCAAGAUCGGUAGGAGCACCUGCGUCUCCCACUGGCUCCGUGACAAAUCCCCCACUGAGACCACCCGUCAGAACUGGAUCAGUGGACAAACACGGGUCUCAGUCCAGAUCUCCACAGACUCCAGGUCCACCAGCACCCAAACCCAGAUGCACCUUCUCUAAGCAGAAGCCUCAGCGGGUCAAAGCCAUCUACGACUGUUCAGCUGACAACCCAGACGAGCUGACGUUCAAGGAGGGGGAAGUGAUUGUGGUGGAGGGUGAGGAGGACAUCGACUGGUGGGUCGGACAUAUUGAAGGAGAGCCGACCCGACGGGGAGUGUUUCCUGUCACCUUUGUUCACUUCAUCACAGACUGAGAUGUCAGCGUUGCCUCCUGCUUCUUGACCCAGCUCAGUCUGAGGGAAAACGUGCAGGACCAACAACUCCACUGUUGGUCUGGAUGCAGAUAUCUGAUGUCUGAGAUGAAGUCUGCGGGAUGCUUUUUUAUACAAACGUGUCUAAACUCUUAGCUUUUAAAAUUUUACCAGAUCCCACACUAGCCAGACUGAAUUUCUGUAAUUGAGCACAUCUUUCCAUCCAGACUGGGUCAAGCAGUUCCACAGAUGUUUGCUGCUGGUGUCCAUCCUGAUGUUACAGCGCUAGAACCCUCUAAUCGAUGUUUUCUGGUUCUAAAUAUUAUUUGUUGUAUUAUUACCGGUAGUUAUUUUAACUGGAGGUGAAAUAUGAACAUCCGCUUUAAUUUAAUGCAUCUCCUAAACUUAUGUUGCUCCUGUGACGCCCAGGAACAUGGUUUUGUUUGUUUGUUUAACUAAAUUGUUUUGUUCCUAACACAGAGCUUUGUCUUUCAUUUGUUUCUUAAUUUCCUCUUUUCUGCACUUAUUUCUUAAUUUAUACAUAUCUUUUUAUGUUUUCAUUUUUUCUCAUUCGUUUUAGACAUAAAACAGAAAAUCUAAUGCACUUGAUAAACCGCAGCCAUCAUUCAUCGUAUUACUGUGAUACACUCUUUCUGGAGAAAUUUGAUCUGAACUAUUUAAACAUGUUUUUACAUUAUUAUUAUUAUUAAUAUUAAAAUAAUAAUAACAAUAAUAAUAAUAAUGUGAUUGUUAUCAUCAUUAUUAGUAUAAUAAUAAUAAAUAUUGUUAUUGUGUAUUUGGCCCCACAUACUAUGAAUAAAUGUGUUAUUAUUUGAAAUAAUAAUAGAUAUCUACUGGCUUUAAAUAUCUAAAUAGUAAAGUGGAUGGAGUCUAUUUGGAGGGGCUUUACAGAACAAACAUUCCAUAUUUAUUUUUAUACAUUUACUAUAUUACUUUUAAUAGUAAGGAUAAUAUUUCAGUUCUGAUUGUGCUUGAGAUUCUGCUUCCAUUUAAAACUUUAUGUACUUCAGCAGUUUUAACAGUUCUGUUGAUUAAAUGAACCAAUGAUUCAACUCUG